CGUUGUGUCGCUACAACGGCGCGGACAAUGUGUGUGCGUGUGUGUGGGGAUAAACGUUAUUGAAAAGUUACCAACAACAACAACAAAAAUAUUUAGUUUAUGUCCAAAGCGUAUAUUAGUAUUGAGAAAUCGUAGAAAAAAUUCAAAUUCGGUCGAACUUUGUGCAAAAGAGAAUGUGAAAAUGUGAAUUUAUACGCGUUGCCUGCCCUAAAACGCCUAAAAGUAGACCAGCUCUAGCUCUAGUGAAAAAUUGUGAUCGUAAUUGGAAACGUGUAUUCAACGAAAGGGAAAAUUUGCGAAAAUCGCAACGGUAAAGGUGAUGAAAAGUGAAAUUUUGAAAGCAAAGCGAAAUUAUUGUGUAAUGACAUUGAGCGUGGCGAGGCGAGUGGCAAGCGAGUCACGACGACGACGACGACUACAACGGCAACAAAAGCGACAACGAUAAGCUGAAACAUAACGGUGCGCACUGGAGUAGGAGCAGCAGGUCGGCGGCAAGGCAAGAAAGUAUCACAUGGAACUUCAACAGCACAUAGUAUAUACCGUUAUGCACACGUAAAACAACAACAACACGAGCAGCAGCAGCUGGCGAUAUGCUGCUGCAACAGAACAAGUGAUAAAUGAAAUUAAAGUGUGCGCAAAGCAAAAAGGAUUACGGUACAUUUCCAUUAAAAUACGAAAAGUGCGUGUGUGUGUGUGCUAAAGCGCUUACAUGUGCCUGCGACACAAAAGCGAAAAGCGUGUAGAAAUACAAAGUGAAAAAGUGAAUAAAAAAUUGCAGGAAAACUAUAAAUAAAGGCAAAGCGAGCGUUGAGUAAAUGAAUUUUCAUUGCUGCGCCGAAAUGUAUGCUACAAAAAGCGUGUAAAUGCUAAAGUGUCUGGCAAUUGUGCACUUUUUCAUUGUUAAACUUCAUAGGAAGUUAAAAUACAUUUGCGCAACAAAUGACAAACAAUAAAAAUUACAACAACAACAACAGCAACAGUGUAAAAGUGUAAGCUUUUAAUUGAAAAGUGUGAGUUGGCAUUGUCGUGAGAAAACCCAACGAAACGAAAGGGAAAAUGUGUCGCUUUUAUGCUUUUGAAGUGAAACGGAAGCCAUAAAAUGACAAACGAAAACGAAAAAAAUAAUUGAAGAUAAGGUAGAGCUUGGCAAAGCAAGCUUAAAAUAACCGUGUGAGAAUAAAUGCCAUAAACCUCAACAGAUGUAAAACAAACAAAAAGUGCAACAAACAUGCUUUGCCGUUUUCAAAAAUUGUUAAUUUUAAAUCUGUUUUAGGCAAGCACUGCAGCAGCCACAUGCGUUAAUAACACCAAAAUGUGCCAGCACGCAGGCGCAACAGUAGAAUUUGAUUUAAAGAAAGUCGCUUAAAAGUGCUUAUACCCCGGCUAAGAUACACUUUCAAACUCAGUUGUCUUGCUGACUGACUGCUAACAGCGAAAAAAAUAAACAAAUACAAUAACCAAAAAAUAAGAAUGUGCGUAUACAUACUGCAGCAUACAUUAAGGCGCGCGUCUGUGUUAAAAUUUUGAGAAAAUAAACUCUUGCGUAAUUUAUCAUUCUUUAUUGCCAACCCGCUGCGUGCGCUAAAAUGUAUUUCUUUUCGUUUUUCGGCAAUUCGUUUUAUUGUUGUUGUUAUUAAUGUUAUUAUUGCCAACAUCAGCAAAAACGCGUAGACAGCUCGGCAGCAGUUAAAACCGAAACUGCUGUUUGCUAUGCGCUGUUUUUGUCAGCGGUCGCUGUUGUUGUUGCAGCCGUCGUCGUUGCCGUCGCCUACUUGCCACACGACGCCUAAUUGUAUUUUAACUCUAAAUGUCGUGUAUUUGUUUAAUAUGAAAAGUCGUUUUAUUGUUGUUGUUACUGUUAUGGUGGAGUGCGUUAACGUGUUAAAUUUUUUGUUGUUGUAAUCUCCCUGACUGCUGUCACACUCGCGACGCUUUUGUUGUUGAAUUAGGUACGCAAGCAACGCAAGCAAAAUGCCUGGCGGACGUCGAGGACUUGUUGCACCGCAGAACACAUUUCUGGAGAACAUCAUACGGCGCUCGAAUUCACAACCGGACAGUUCGUUUCUUUUGGCCAACGCACAGAUUGUGGAUUUUCCGAUUGUUUAUUGCAAUGAGUCCUUUUGCAAGAUUAGCGGCUAUAACCGUGCUGAAGUCAUGCAGAAGUCGUGCAGAUGCGGCUUCAUGUAUGGCGAGCUAACAGACAAGGAAACGGUUGCGCGGCUGGAGUUCACAUUGGAGAAUCAGCAGCAAGAUCAGUUCGAAAUUUUACUCUACAAAAAGAACAAUGCUCAAUGUGGCUGCACGAUGUCGAAGUAUGGAAAGUCGCAACCAAGUACAAAACGCCCGGUUGACUCAAAGCUGCAGCAGCUAAUAAAAAAUGGCAAAUUAGAAACUCCGCUAUGGCUGCUGUUGCAGGUAGCGCCCAUACGCAACGAAAGGGAUUUGGUUGUGUUAUUUCUGCUAACAUUCCGGGACAUUACGGCACUGAAGCAGCCGAUCGACAGCGAGGACACAAAGGGUGUUUUAGGUUUAUCGAAAUUCGCCAAACUGGCGCGUUCGGUGACACGAAGCCGUCAAUUCAGCGCACAUCUGCCAACACUAAAGGAUCCAACGAAGCAAUCCAAUCUGGCGCAUAUGAUGUCACUCAGCGCCGAUAUUAUGCCACAAUACAGACAAGAAGCGCCUAAGACGCCGCCACACAUUCUUUUGCAUUAUUGUGCAUUUAAAGCAAUUUGGGAUUGGGUGAUAUUAUGUUUAACAUUUUAUACCGCCAUUAUGGUGCCAUACAAUGUAGCUUUUAAAAACAAAACAUCAGAAGACGUUUCAUUACUCGUCGUUGAUUCCAUUGUAGAUGUUAUAUUCUUUAUAGAUAUUGUUUUAAAUUUCCACACAACAUUCGUGGGGCCCGGCGGCGAGGUCGUCAGCGACCCCAAAGUGAUACGCAUGAACUACCUAAAGUCCUGGUUCAUCAUCGAUCUGCUCAGCUGCCUGCCAUACGACGUCUUCAACGCUUUCGAUCGCGAUGAGGACGGCAUUGGCUCGCUCUUCAGUGCCCUAAAAGUGGUGCGCCUGCUGCGACUGGGGCGCGUGGUGCGCAAGCUAGACCGCUAUCUGGAAUAUGGCGCCGCCAUGCUCAUACUGCUGCUCUGUUUCUACAUGCUGGUGGCGCAUUGGCUGGCCUGCAUCUGGUACUCGAUCGGCCGCAGCGAUGCCGACAAUGGAAUACAGUACAGUUGGCUGUGGAAGCUGGCAAACGUGACGCAAUCGCCAUACUCGUACAUCUGGAGCAACGACACCGGACCGGAACUGAUAAAUGGUCCGUCGCGCAAGAGUAUGUAUGUGACGGCGCUGUACUUCACCAUGACAUGCAUGACUUCGGUGGGGUUCGGCAAUGUGGCCGCCGAGACGGACAACGAGAAGGUGUUCACCAUCUGCAUGAUGAUUAUUGCAGCGCUGCUGUACGCGACGAUAUUCGGUCACGUGACGACCAUCAUCCAACAGAUGACCUCAGCGACGGCGAAGUACCACGACAUGUUGAAUAAUGUGCGCGAGUUCAUGAAGUUGCACGAGGUGCCGAAGGCGCUCAGCGAACGCGUCAUGGAUUAUGUGGUCUCCACGUGGGCCAUGACCAAAGGCUUGGACACCGAAAAGGUACUAAACUAUUGUCCGAAAGAUAUGAAGGCUGACAUUUGUGUUCAUCUAAAUCGCAAAGUAUUUAACGAGCAUCCAGCAUUUCGUCUUGCCUCGGAUGGUUGUCUGCGCGCGCUAGCCAUGCACUUCAUGAUGUCGCACUCGGCGCCGGGCGAUCUGCUCUACCAUACCGGUGAGAGCAUCGACAGUUUGUGUUUCAUAGUGACCGGCAGUUUGGAGGUGAUACAGGACGAUGAAGUUGUGGCAAUAUUGGGUAAGGGCGACGUCUUCGGCGAUCAAUUCUGGAAGGAUUCGGCCGUUGGCCAGAGCGCUGCCAAUGUGCGCGCCCUAACCUAUUGUGAUUUGCAUGCCAUCAAGCGUGAUAAAUUGCUCGAAGUCCUCGAUUUCUAUUCGGCAUUUGCGAAUAGUUUUGCACGCAAUCUGGUGCUCACCUACAAUUUAAGACAUCGACUGAUUUUUCGCAAGGUGGCCGAUGUGAAGCGCGAGAAAGAAUUGGCCGAACGGCGUAAAAACGAACCUCAAUUGCCUCAAAAUCAAGACCAUUUGGUGCGUAAGAUAUUCUCGAAAUUCCGUCGUACGCCGCAGGUCCAAACUGGCUCCAAAGAGGUUGUCUCCGGCCAAAGUGAUGUGGAGAAGGGCGACGGUGACGCGGAUCGCACCAAGAAGUUGCCUGCUAAAUUAACCCUCACAGAGGACUCACGCAUCCUAACAACAGCUGCCGCACCCUCUCCAACGCCAUCACCCUCGCCCUCAUCGGGUCCACCAUCUGCGCGUAGUACGCGUGCUAGUAAAUGGGGGCGCCUUUUGGGCAGUUCAAGUGUCGAUUCGGCUAGCGAUACAAGUGCCAAGGUAGCAGUUUCGAGAAGUUUGAGCGCCCGCGAAAGUCUGCGUGAGAGCACUGCCCAAGCGCGGCAGAGCAGUACUUCGAGUAGUAAUGGUGGACAAGGCAAUAAAAGCGCCGAGUCCUUAGAGACGAGCUUACAAAUUAUCGAGUUGAGGGACCCGCUGACAACCGCAGCUGUGGCGGCAGCAGCUGCAAAGCGCGUCAAGAGUUUGGAAUCGCUGACUACCGCAACUGCGACUACUUCGUGGGUGGAACGCAAAUGGCGACGCAUACGCAUACUGGAUGUUUUUCCUAAAGCUCCUAAACUACAGGCCAGUCAAGCGGCGCUCGCGCGCCAGGAUACAAUCGACGAGGGCGGUGAAAUUGACGCCUCGCCUCCUAGUCGCGACACGCGGCUAGUUGGGGAAAGUGGCUCGGCAGCAGCAGCAGCGGCGGCUGCACUGGCAGCUAAAGAGCGCAACCUUGCAUUGGAGCGUGAAAGGCAAAUCGAAAUGGCUUCGUCACGCGCCACCACAUCGGACACUUACGACACAGGUUUACGCGAACAGCCACCCACAAUGGCGCAACGCGAUUUGAUCGCAACCAUGUUGGAUUUAAAAGUCGAUGUCCGUCUGGAAAUGCAGCGCAUGCAGCAGCGCAUCGGACGCAUUGAGGACUUAUUAGGCGAGCUGAUGAAACGUUUACCAGCACAGGAAUCUUCGGGUCAAACAACGCCAGCUGAUGAGCUCGGACCCGGUAGUGGCGGUGGUAGCGCGCCUGGUGCGGCCGGUAGCACGGUACUGACCACACGCAUUGGUGUGGUCGAUGGCGGCGGUGGCGGCACACACUCGACCGCGGUUACGCCAGCUGCGGACACUGUGAUAACAAUUUCAACGGUGCCGCCCACGCCACCCAUUAGCACAAGCGCCGCCUCGGGUGUAGUGGUACAGAUCGGCGGUAUAGGUGGUGGCGGCGCAGGAGGCGUUGGUGUGCCUACAACUACGACGUCCGCAACCGUGGCGGUAGGCGCAGGCUCCACGCCCAUUCCACAAACACUCAGCCUGCUUAGCCCAGCACAGAUGGGGUCAGCGGCGACACAAGGCGGCAAUGGACUGGGACCGCUAAUGCUGAAAAAACGGCGUUCGAAGAGCAGGAAGGCACCAGCGCCUCCCAAGCAGCCAUCACAUGUGCAGAGUCCAGAACAGCAGCGUUUGCUGGAAGAGGAACCCAUUGUGACGCCCACGACGGUAGUGCCGGUGACGGCGCCAACAGUAACAACGCCAACAACAGCCACAUCGAGCAGCGCAGCCACAUCGCCCACAACGGCCGGACCGUCGUCCCUGGGCGGAGGUGGCAACACCAGCGGCACAUCCAGCGGCAGCGGCAGUGGCGGUGGUGGACGCACCAAACGUGAAUUUCUCUAGCCCAAGAUAUUGGUGCGUCAUCAAUCGGACACUUGCAGCAGCUUCGAGCAAUAAAACGGCGAAGAAAGCAGACUGCGCAAGACGAUGGCGUACAGCUGAAGGAAGCUGCGGAAGGCUUCAUGUUCAUUUUAGGCUGCUGCGGCUUUUGCUGGACUAAGUUUUAGCAUAACUUAACUUAAGAUGUACUUAUAAAUUAAUGUUUUUCAGUAAUUAAAUUUUCUGUCAACUAGAGUAUAGAAGCUUUCGAAAGCUUAAAAUUUAGCGCGCUAAAUUGCGAACUGCGACACGCAAAGCAUUUUGAAGCGUCAAGCAGAAAAAUAUUUGUGAUAACCAACCAGAUAUUAAUACUAUGAAAAUUAUAAAAACAAAAAUAAGCUAUAAAAAUUAUAUGUCACCUAGUUAAAAGCAAAAACAAGACCAGUUAUAAGCCGCUUAGAAAAUUUGUAAAUUUAUUUGUAAAUAUGUAUGUAUUACAAAGCGAGUCCAAAUGCUCGCCUGUUGAAGCUGUGUAGAUAUAUAAUAUGCAUAAAUAGAUUAUACAUGCCAGACAAAGGCGAAGACGCGGAGGCAGAGGCCAAAACGUCUCGCAGUACAGUCAUAAAUAACUAUAGAUUAAUUAUAGAUAAUUAACGACGACAGCAGAAAUACUUCGCUUGCUGAAGCUCCUUGCCUUUCUGAGGAAUUGAAUACCCACUAAUUUGCAAAAAAAAAAAAAAACAAACAAACUUUAUCUUCAACAAAGCUCGAUUUCAUUUUUCUACUGCUACUUGGCUGUGUAAUUUUUCCGAACCACUUUUUUAUGCUUUCGUGGCAAUAUUUUAUUUCAGCUAAUAUAAUUUUGUGGGCACGAGGUAAACUUUGCAAGCUCGAAACAUCGCAAUACAAAGACUAUAGUAAACUUUGAGUUUAAAGCGCUCAACAGCAGCCUAACUUUUUUAAUCUAGUUUGAUACACAUUCUCUAUUAAAAACAAUACAAGGACAUUUUGUAAAAUGUACAAGGCGUAGGCCCACAUAAUAAACUUCAAACAUCGAAAACAGUCAUUGAAAGCUUUUGAAAAGCUCACAAUGCAAUUACAAAAAGUUUAGGCUUUGCGGGCUUUUGGAAAAAUACUAAGAACGGUAGACAAAUGUCAGAUUUUUCGCUUAUGGAAA